GCUGAGCAAGCUUUGCGCACACACGGGGCUUUGCGCAUCUGGUCGUCAUCAGCAGCAGCAGCAGCUCUUCCUGCUCAUAUGUGACUCAACUAGAGUGGGAAGAGAGCUCCUUCUUCUUCUCAGAAGACUUCACUGAAAAACGUCUUUGGGACUUUUCGCUCUCAGGCAGCAGGACACGCUGAUGUUUUUCUUGUUUGUCGUUGACGCGCGCCGCUGGAUGGAUUGUCUGUAGGGGUUUGUUGGGGAAAAGCAGGCGAGGAGAAAACUUUGCUGAAGUUUGUUUGCUUCCUGUGCGGCUGAUCUGGAUGUGAACACAUCCGCGCUCUGCUCGGAAGAACCGAGUCUCUCUCUCUGGCUGGUUUCUGGAGGCGCUGCUCGUGCGUCCUGCAUGCACGGAUCUUCUUGGCUCGCUCGUGAUUCUUCUCUUUCUUAUUACCGCUCCGUUUUUUCCGCUGUUCCCCACUUGCGUCAUGACUUCUAGCUAUGCACAUGUAAUGGACAGGCAAGCCUCGAUAUCAAACCGCCUGGAGAGUCCGAUCACGUCUAACCUGGACAACCUGCAAGCCAAAAAGAACUUCUCGGUCAGCCACCUGUUGGAUCUGGAAGAGGCUGGGGAAAUGGUCGGCACCCAGGCGGACGAGAGCGUCGGGGAGGCGGGGAGGAGUAUGCUGGAGUCCCCGGGGCUGACCAGCGGGAGCGACACGACCCAACAGGAGAAUGAACAGAUGAACACAGAGGAGAAGAAGAAGAGGAAGCAGCGCAGGAACAGGACCACCUUCAACAGCAGCCAGCUCCAGGCUCUGGAGAGAGUGUUUGAGAGGACACACUACCCCGACGCCUUCGUCAGAGAGGACCUGGCCCGUCGGGUCAACCUCACCGAGGCCAGAGUCCAGGUUUGGUUUCAGAACAGGAGAGCUAAGUUCCGCAGAAACGAGCGCGCCAUGCUGGCCAGCAAAAACGCCUCGCUCCUCAAAUCUUACUCGGGAGAUGUGACGGCAGUGGAGCAGCCAAUCGUACCGCGUCCUGCACCACGCCCGAAUGACUACCUGUCCUGGGGCAGUGCUGCCCCCUACAGCUGGUAUCCAAUGCCGGAGGGGGGGCCAGUGCGAGUGCCACAGAAAAUGCUGCCCUCAGAGAACAACGCCAUGGCCACCUACCCGCCCACCUGCUCCAACACCAAUACGUCCCAGGGAAUGAACAUGGCCAACAGCAUCGCCAACCUGCGGCUCAAAGCCAAGGAGUACAGCUUGAACCAGGUGCCCACGGUCAACUGAGAGGAGGAGAGGCUGGGGGCCAGCGCAGGAGGGGAGGGGAACCUUUCUACUGCUGGACCCCUGCGGACGGACACCGUCUCUGGGUUGAGCAUCAUCUUACACACCCUGGAUCAUGAAGCCUCCUCUUCUUUCUGGAGCAGCCUCGAUGGCGAUACUACACAUAAUAUGCAAAUUGUUGGACACCGAGUGAUGGCAGGAUUUUCCCCAAGCCGCCUCUUUUUAUUCUCCUGAGCAUCACUGAACUCUUGUUUGUACAAAAAGACAGCUAGACUGGAUGCUGUAGCCGAAUAUCUGCGUAGUUUUACAUUUGUGAUUGUGACUGAAAUGGAGGGCGAGUUUUUCAAAGAGCAUUUUGUUUUCAUUCAGAGAACUUGUUCUCGACGGAGACUGGUGUACGGACUACGUGGAAUUGCCUUUGUCCCUUUGGCUGUGGUGUUGGAUAAAAUGACACACCAAAUUUGGGAUCAACAACACUUUUUUUCCUUUUAAAAUCAACAACAAACCUACAAGGACUUCCUCUGACAUUUAUGCAUUUUUUUUUUUAAAGAUAAUUUUUCCACAUUUCUUUUCCAUGUUAUACCACUGAUGAGCAAACAUUUUCAACGCAUUUUGAUUUUCAUGUAAUAGUCCAGUAUAAAGGAGAGGCUAAUGUAUUUCUGAAUCCAAAACCAGUAGAUUCUCUUAAUUUCCUAUGAUAUCCUUUAUUUGUAACAGAAUAAAAACUUGUAUAUUAAUAAAAAUGCAUUUCAAGCAAUGCAAUGGCACAGUGUCCAAUUCAACAGAUCUUAUAUAGGAUGGAAAAAAACAAUUUUCCACCUUUUGGAGUAAAAGAAAAGGGUUUCUACAAUGCAGACAGACUUAAAUUAUGCUUCAGAAACUAUAAGAAAUAAGUAUAUUUAUAGCUGGGAAGCAAAAUGAUCUUGGACCUCGUGCAUGCCCCAUAAAAGAGAGAUUUACAACUCGAGAACAGAUUCUCCUUCACAGAAACCUCAAGCUGUUUCUGCUUUGUGUGUUUUCUUUUUUCCUGAUUACCGCAACCUGAAAUUUCCAUCUUAAAAACAGGAUAUUUAUGAGCAGGGAAAUCCUCUCCUUAAUAUGGAGGGCCCCUGGGCCUCGUUUAACUCUGCGGCUGUCAUACAAGGUGUUUCUUCUCCUUGGCCCCUCAUAACCUUCGCCGUCAACAAACACAUGUCGACACUCGUCCUCGUACGGCGCACACGGGCCAUAAAAGUGGGGUCGAAUGAAACUGCAGCUGAUGUGGUAGUGUUUCAAAUUUUGGGCGAGAGGUGCCCAUAGGUGCGGUCACAUAAGUAUGUCGUCUGUGGAAAUAUUUUUUUGGAGACGUUUAUUAUUUUCAACUCACAAAUAGCCAAGAAAAGUGCAACUUUUGUCACAAUAUGAACUCCCUUCAAAACGUUUUAAGUUUAAUUUUGCUUUGAGAAUGGCAGACAUACACGUUAUGAAACUUUGUCUACAACAUAUUUUAUAUUCUUAUUGUUUCCUGCUCAAUAUGGCAUAAAAGUAAACAAGUUAAAUUUCAGUGAUUGCAGGAAACUUUUAUCUUAGGAAAUUUUCAGUUUGCUAUUGUUUCACCGCUGUUGCUUGCUUCCUAAUGUUAAAUGUUCUUCUUUGGUAUCUAUCAUCAGUUACUCAGUGUUUCAGCUUCCUGUCUUGUUUUAAUUUCUAAGGACUCUUACUUCAGUACAGCUUUGAGAUGGUGGUCCUAUAAUGGAAUAUUGCUAUUUUUUUAGUUUUUUUUUAUUGUCAGUUUUACUUUACAGACUCAGAUUUUGCAUUCAACAUGACAAAAUUACCUAACUGCCUUGUUGUCACUUGAUCAAAGUUCUUCUGACUUUUUGUAAAGAGUUUAAGAGGGAAUGAAGUCUGAGAAUUUUUUCCAACUUUGGCAUGUAAUCCUUCAUCUGAUCUGAAAGCAGGAAAAUCCCCAUGAAAGCAUGAACAUUUGGGGAGCUUUUCAUCAUUUCUUUAUCUCUGAUGUGGGAGGUUCUACUGCUAUGAUAUUUUUAUUUUUUUUUCUUAUUUUGAAUGUAGGACUUUUACUUGUAAUGGAACACUUCCUCCAUUUUUAAUUAGGUGAAGGAUUUAAGGACUUCUUCCACUUGUUUAAGUUCAGUUUAACUGAGGGUUAGUCGUAAUAAAGAGGUGCUUCACUGAUG